GAGGAAGGUCAAGAGAGAGGGUAUAUAAAGAGGGCCUGUCAUUUCACCUGUUACCAUUUUCCUUUAGUUUGGAGAAGGACCAACGCCUUGCGGGACACCAUGAAGCUCAUCCUCCUCUCCUGUUGCCUGGCGAGCAUGUCCCUCGCGGCUACCCUCACCACCACGACCCCCAUGCCCAGGAUCCUGAAGGACUCGCGCCUGAACCCCCAGCAGGACGGUAGGUACAGCCUGGACGUGGAGACGGAGGACGGCCUGCGCAGAGUGGAGGCCAGCGACGGAGCGAAGGUGCAGGGGGCGCACAGAUUCGUUCACCCCGACGGCACUGUUUCGGAAAUCAAAUUCGUGGCGGACGAGUUCGGCUACCGAGCUGUGGGCGAUCUGCUGCCGACACCCCCGCCCAUGCCCGCCCAUGCCCUCGCCCAAAUCGAAGCUGCUAGACUCCAGAGGGAGGAAGCUGCUCGCCUUGAAGCUGCUAACCAAGUUUCCCGGGGCGUCCGGAGAUAGUCUGGGUGCUUCGAAACUCCGAAGCUUCGGUCACGAGAUCAAGCGAGUAUCGUGUGUUUGAUCUCGGGGGAAAUAUGAAAAAAAUAAUUCAAAGCUGGCAACUCAAUGCAGCCUUUGGAGUAUUCUGAUUCGAUAAGUUUCUUUUUUUAAAUGUGUGUGUAUGUGCACACACACACACACACACACACACACAUACAUA